AUGAGGAGGUAUUUGUUUUUGGCAGCUGCACUCCUUGCAGUAUCAGCAGAUGUAACAGUAUAUUUUCGGGAAGAAUUUGAAGAUGGAGAUGAAUGGCAAAAUCGCUGGAUUGUCUCCAAAAAUAAAUCAGAUUAUGGUAAAUUCCAACUGUCUGCAGGCAAAUUCUUUGGAGAUCCAGAAAAAGAUAAAGGAAUACAAACAAGUCAGAACUCGUCAUUUUAUGCUAUAUCUGCACGGUUUGAACCAUUCAGCAAUGAAGGACAGACGCUGGUCAUUCAGUUUACUGUAAAGCACGAACAAGGAAUAGACUGUGGUGGAGCAUACGUGAAAGUGUUCCCUGCUGACAUGGACCAAGAGCAGAUGAAUGGAGAUUCCCAGUACUAUAUUAUGUUUGGCCCUGAUAUCUGUGGUACAAUUCACGAGAAAGUCCACGUUAUCUUCAAUUACAAGGGAAAGAACCAUUUAAUCAAAAAGAACAUAACAUGCAAGCAUGAUGAACUCACUCACCUGUACACGCUGAUUGUACAUCCCAAUAACACAUAUGAAGUUAAAAUUGACAAUGAGAAGGUUGAGAAUGGGACCCUGGAGGCAGACUGGGACUUCCUACCGCCUCAAAAAUUCAAAGAUCCAAAUGCGAGUAAACCGUUAGACUGGGACGAGAGGGAGAAGAUCGAAGAUCCAAAUGACAGGAGGCCGGAGGAUUGGGAUGAGACCGAACACAUUGAAGACCCAGAUGCAAAGCAGCCACACGACUGGGAUUCCAAGAUGGAUGGAGAAUGGGAACCGCCACUUAUCCUAAACCCAAAAUACAAGGGAAUUUGGAAGCCACAAAUCAUAGACAAUCCCAACUUCAAGGGAGAAUGGGUCCACCCUGAAACUGAUAACCCAGAUUAUGCCCCAGAUCCAACUAUAUAUAGAUUUUACAACAUAGGUGUCAUUGGACUGGAGCUUUGGCAGGUAAAGUCCGGCACUAUCUUUGAUCAUUUCCUGAUUACAAAUAAUGAAACUUUGGCUGAGAAAAUUGGAAAUGAAACCUGGGGUCUGACAAAGGAACAAGAAAGGAAGCUGAAAGAGAAAUUUGACGAGGAAAUGGAUGCAAAGGACGAAAAAAAACAAUUAUGGAAAAAAAUUGAGAAGGAGUUUGCAGAAAACGAAAAGAAAAAACAAGGAAAACAGCAAGAUUUGAUUAAAAAAAUAGAAGAGAAACCCAAAGAGGUGACAGAAGAAAAACAAAAAGAAAAGGAUGAAGAAACUGAAUCGAAAGAGGAAGAAGAACCAAAUAUCACACCAAGGGAUGAAUUGUAA